AUGGACCCGAAGAAGGACUCGAUCCGUCUGUCGACGUACGACGAGCUGUUCAGCUCUCCGGCGCGCGGCGCGGCGGCGGCGCCCGCCCCCCCCGCGGGGGCCCCCGGGGGCCCCCCCGGGGCCCCCCCCGGGGGCCCCCGCGCUGCCUCUCCAGCGCCGCAGACGGCGCUGAAGAAGCUGCGGAGCCUGAAGCGGAAGUCGCUGCAGGCAGGCAAGGCCGCGGAACUGCUGGCGGCGCUGCAGAGGCAACGCGUCGUGAUCGACGAAAACGCCAUUCACUUCGUGGCGGAGGCGCGGGCGGGCCGGCGCGCAGACGCGCGGAACUCCGUGUUCAAGUUGGCGCAGAAGUACCAAGUGCUGCCGGACCGCGAGCGCAUGCAAAGAAUAAAGCAGCUGUACGGGAAAGUGCGCGAAAACGAGGACUCCGGGGACGAGGCGUGGGACUGCAGCGCGGCCAGGCUGCCCGGCAAGCUGGACCCGCAGGCCUUCCUCAAGCUGCUGCACCGGGACGACGCCAGGGAGCACUUGUUGACGGAAAUGGAGGAGAUCAACCAGGAGACUGCGGGCCUGGGCGCUGCGGUGGUGACGCCGGAGCAGAUUGCGGACGCCGCCGCGGUCCAGGAGCUCGGCCUCAUGCUGCAGCAGAAGGAGCAGCAGCUGCAGCGAGACCAGCAGCAGCAGCGAGACCAGCAGCAGCAGCGCGGGGAGGACGCGCAGCAGCAGGGGGACGGGGACAGCGACGACGGCGACGUCGAGUUCGACGACGACGACAUGAACACGCUGAAUUCGCUGCAAAGGGAAUUCGUCGGAAACAAUUUAUUCCACUGGUUCAAAGACAUUCAAAAGGCGUACGAGAGCGGCGUGAAGCUGGUCAAAGUGAACAGAAUGGGAUACAAGUUCAUUCGCAUCGUCACAAUCAAAGAAAUGCUUCUCACCAUUCACCAGCCGCACACCCACUCCCAAGCCAAAGUCGACCGCCAAGUCGCCGUGCAUUCAAUUGUUUCAGUUUCUUUGGGAAAAGACUCGAAGGAGUUUGCGGCUUUGGAGGAACUCGUCAAGGAAAAGAAAGAAGCAGCAGAAUUCAACCCGCAAGGCACUGUCUGCUGCGUGGUGAAGCUGCCUAAGAACAGGAGUCUUUCUCUUGUUUUUCUAGACGAAGACAACAGAAAUGGAUUUGUCUUCUUUCUCCGCGUGCUGAUAAAAAAGGCCAAGGCGGCGGUGCAGCAGCUGGAGACACAAAGCGCCUAA